AUGAUUGGUGGCAAUGAUGAUUGGACAGCAAUCAGUGGAGGGUGUCCUAUAGACAAAAUUCUAGUAGUGUCUACUUCUUCUUCUUCUUCUUCUGGACUUGGUUAUGACGUCUUCCUGAGCUUUAGAGGUGAAGACACCCGAAAGAACUUCACUGAUCACCUCUACACGGCCCUUGUCAACGCCCGAUUUCGGACUUUCCGGGAUGACCCUGAACUCGAGAGAGGGGAAAAUAUCAAGGAAAAGCUCGAGAAUGCCAUUCGACAGUCGCGGAGUUCUGUCAUUGUGUUUUCGAAAGACUACACUUCUUCCAGAUGGUGUCUGGACGAGCUUGUCAUGAUCCUUGAACUCAAGAGGACCUCCGAUCACGUUGUGUUACCGGUCUUCUACGACGUCGAUCCAUCCCACGUGAGGAAGCAGGCAGAAACUCUUUCAAAGGUUCCUAAAUACCAAGAAAAUCAAUCCUCGGAGAAGUUGAAUGGAUGGCGGGCAGCACUUCUAGAAGUUGCAGAUCUAGCUGGAAUGGUUUUACAAAAUGAAGCCGACGGGCAUGAGUCAAAGUUCAUCCAAAAGAUCGUUACAGUGAUUCAAGACAAGCUAGGUUGUGUGCCCCUAAGUGACUUUCAUCAAAAGGUUACCUGAUACAGUUUGUACUUUGUAUAACUUGCAAGCAUUGUUAUUGUCAGAGUGCUGGGACCUUACUGAGCUGCCAGUCAACUUGGGAAGAUUGAUCAACUUGAGCCAUCUGGAUGUAUCAUCUACAGGGAUAAAAAAAGAUGCCACCACAAAUGGGUAAGUUGAAAGAUCUCCAGAUGCUACCCGAGUUUGUGCUAGACAAACACAAUGCUGGGGAGAAUUUGGCAGAGUUAAAGAAGCUUGAAAAAUUGCGCGGAACUCUUUGUAUCUCAGGGCUUGUGCCCAGCAGUGGUUUGGAGGCCUACAUACUGAGGGACAAGAAGUUUCUUAAGGAAUUGGUUUUGAUUUGGAGAGGAAGGGAUUCAAGUGAAGAAGGCAAUAAUACUGUAGAAGAAAGAGAAGUGCUUGAGAAGCUUCAACCUCACAUGAACCUGGAAAGGCUUACAAUUGUAGGUUAUGGAGGCAAAAUGUUUGCAGGUUGGUCAGAAUAUUAUUCUUCCUCUGCUCUUGUUUAUCUUAAACUUGCUAAUUGUGAGAAUUGUAUCUCCUUGCCACCAUUGGGACAGCUACCUUCCCUCACAGAGCUUGAUAUUUCUGGGUUUCAUGGAGUGGUGUCCAUAGGUUCCGAAUUCUUUUGUGGUGAGGGCAAUACUGCUACUUGUGUGAAUAAACCAUUUAGAUAUCUACGGGUUUUAAUGUUCUGCAAUAUGAGUGGGUGGCAAGAAUGGUCUUAUGUUGGAGGUGAAAAUAAUGGGGGUGGGAUUUUUCCUAAUCUUGUUCAACUUGAAGUGAUAGACUGUCCCAAUCUUACCGGUAGAUUGGCGUCAGACAGUCUCCCAUCUCUUGUGUCUUUGACGGUAUGGCAAUGCCCAGAAUUCGAAUGUUUUCCAACAGAUGGAUUCCAGUCAAAGUUAAAAUCACUUGACAUCAGCGACUGAAGGUGUGAAUGCAAAGAGUAUGCAGAGUCUGAACAAGGGUCUCCGAACACUCACCUCUCUUCAGUCUCUUGAAAGAUUGUCACUUGAUUUUGACUACGACGAAAAUGUAGAUUGGUUUGCGAAGGAGCAGAAGGGGCUGUUUCCCAGCACUCUCACAUAUCUCGAGAUCAGCCGUCUGAGUUGUGAGACCAUCGACUGCGCCAAGUGGUUUGGCCAUCUCAACUCUCUUCAAGAAUUGGUUAUUGACGACUGCUCUGCGCUCCGGUGCUUGCCAGAUAGUGGGCUACCCACUUCUCUGAAAACCUUGAAGAUUACGGGUUGCCCUGCUCUGUGUUGCUUGCCAGAUAGUGGACUACCCUCUUCUCUUUCUCGUCUAGAUAUCAUCGAAUGUCCUUUGCUUGAGAAACGGUGCCAAAGAGAGACGGGUGAAGAUUGGCCCAAGAUUGCUCACAUCAAGCGCAUAAAGAUCAAUUUCAAAAUGAUAUGACAACGACAGAGGGCUUGCAUUCUGAUCAAUUUGUCCACGUCUCAGAGGGCUUGCAUAUUCUGUGUGUAAGAUCCUGUUGUUUGAACUCAUUGUUGAUUCCACAGUUCUAGGGUCUUGCUUGAAGCCUUGAACACAUGAUCGAUGGAUUUGACAACGACAUGCCAUAUGAAGCAGAAACAGACCAUUUCCAUUUCCUAGCAGAGAUGAUAAUCAAUUCUUUUAUUUAUUUGAUUAAAUUAUCUCUCUACAAUUGGAACGGUGAUGUGGUUUAGUUUUGUUCUUUAAGUUGGUGAUGCAUGUAUUGUAGCAGAAAAGAUAUUAAGAAGCUGCAAAGUCUUCUAAGCUUGAGAUCGUUGAAGAAAGAGUGGUGUGAACUGUGAAGUAACAGCAUCAAGUGUUUUAUGUGUGAGCUUUAUUUCCAAUGAGCUUGGGACACUGAUGGCUUAAUUUAUCAAAAUCAUACAACUCUGAAAAGCCUGUGCAAAAACAACAAUAUUCUUCUCAUCUUAACUCAACUGAAGUACGGUAAAAGUAGAUUCUGAUUCACAACAUAAGAUCAGAAUAUCAGAUCAUACACAAUAUGUAAAUAAAUUCAAAUCAAUUUCAGCUACUCUACAAUUUGGCUUAUAUGUUGACAGCAAAAGAAAGAGAAACCAUCAGAGUUGGUUUCGUUUGUGAUUUGAACUGAAUGAAGUAGCCGUAUGCAAGUGUUCUGAUUUUUCUGGUU